GUUUGAAUUUGUUCGACAACUAAAAUAUGAAGAUCCAAAUCUUCACAUUGAAUUUUCUCUUACCGGCGAAGUAGAAAAUCAGUCAUGUCAAUCAGCUGUAAUUUUAGCAUUUGAAUGUAAUCGAAAUUAUGUUUUGGUAUUUGCUAAACUUGACAAAUUUCUCGAGCACAUCAACAACUGUACGUCAUUGGAAGAUAUUCAAGCAAAAGUGGAAUCAUCUGUUACUUUUGCCUAUGCUGUCAGUUGUGGACAAGAUGUCAAAUGGCAUCGAAAUCUAUCAUUUGUUUAUGUAGCUGCUUUUCAAGAUUCAGUAAUCAACCAAAUUGAAGCACGUCUUUUGGGUGCAGGUUUAAAAGAUAUCAAUUUUAUAUCAAAAAAAAUGAAACAGGUCAAUUUUGACGAACCGCGACAAUGUCAUACGAAUGAUGCUAUUAUUUGUUUCAAGUUUGAUCGUCAUCUCGGCUCUUUCCACAGAGUUCUGCCAUUGCGGUUGGAGCUACUUGAUCAAUGGAUUUUUAAUGAAGACACCUCGACAUUUACUGGACCCAUUGUUACUUUAUGCCCGAAUAUAUCAACAUAUACAAUAGAUCGUUAUUCACGUCUUACAGUACGAACAGAUGUCGGUUCUGUGUAUAAUUUACUUUGUGAUUCUAUUUCAAUACUUUUUCAAUGGCGUGAUUAA